AAAAAAAUCAUUCCAUUCCAAUGUCAUUUUUCUUGCUGAUUUUAAUAAUUUUGCUUGUUGUAUUGCCUACCUACCAUAAAGGUUAAUCGAAAUAAUAUUGUGAUAUGUUUGACAGCAUUGUUUGUAUACAUCGAAGUUCUAAAAACCACGUGAAACCUUUAAUGUAAAAUGGAAAUAGACGACGAGAUUAAAUCCGGUUCUUUAUUAUUCCCACCCGCUGGGGGAAACGUUUUCAGUAAAUUUCCUAAAAAGAAAAAUUGGCAGCAGAAGUAUUGCAUCCUAUACAAUGCAAGCAAACAAGGAAUCGAGAGACUUGAGAUAUUUGAACACAAAGAUGACGCCACUUCAGCUUCUUCUGCCAUUCCUAAAAUUCUUACCCUUGAGAAUUGUAUAAAAAUUACACAUUCUAGUCCAAAUACUAUAACAAUACUUACUAAGUCACACACUCAACAAUUAAGCGCUCAAUCUGAAGCUGAAACUCUUGAAUGGGUUAAUGCUCUUCAAUCUGUAGCAUUCAAAGGCAAGGAUUCCAAUCCUAUAAGCUGCGAUGAAGACAAUGACCUUUAUUGUUCAUCAGGAGAAGGUGUGUUUUCUGUUAAAAUGUGUGCUUCUGAAGCUUCUACUAAGUGUGGAUUUGAGCUAACAAGAUACUUACUAGUACUGACAACUACAGCAAUAGAGCUCAGAGAUGUCAAUGAUAACAAACUGUAUGCUACUUGGCCUUACAGAUAUAUCAGAAGAUAUGGGUACAGACAGGGUAAGUUUACUUUUGAAGCAGGAAGAAAAUGUGAUACAGGAGAAGGUAUUUUUCAUUUGGAACACCCAAAUCAAUCAGAAAUUUUCAAAUGUUUGUCUUUAAAAAUGAGGACUAUGAAACAGAUGAUUGGAAAUGAUAACUUGAAUAGUCCUGAACACAGUGAGUUUAACAUACAGUCCAGUGCGAACCUAUUUCCAGGCUCGAGAAGUCCUUUAGUGGCAGCAAGGCCAGAUGAUUUGAAUUUAAGUUCUCUGUCAUUCAAAACAACAUCCGUUUCAAGUCAACAAAGUUCAUGCUCAGAUAGGGAUAACGCUCCCUUACUUAUGCCUAAACCAACACUUAAACCUAAACCACAAAAACCUCCUCGUAAAAUGAUUAAUGUUCACAAGGGAGUCAGUAAAGACUUGCCAAGUUCAACAGAAGAGAGUGUUGAUUUUGGCAGAUAUAAAAAGCUUGAUAAUUAUGAGCCCAUAGAUCAAAUCAAGAAGGAAGGCAGUCCACCUUCAGUGCCAUAUGACAAAGUGGAAGUGCGUAGUGAAGCUUGGAAAACUUUAGGAAUAGAUGAUCCUGAUCACACAGAAUUUACUCCUAAUUUAGGUGAUAAUCCUAACUGUAUUAAAUUGAUAUCUAGAUCACAAGAUAAUUUAAAUAUAAGUGGACCUGAAUCUUCUAGAAUUAUAUUACUACCAAGUCCAGUAGUUGAUCCAGAAGAUGAAAAUUAUGAUAGGUUACAAUAUUUUGGAUCAACAAGCAAAUUGAAUAAAUCUUCACGUUAUAAAAAGAUUGAAGCUCGCCCAACUACUCUUGCUUUGGGUGAACCAAAAAACAAAGAUACAUGGAAUGAUUAUGAUGAAGUAGAGAAUGUGAUGCAAACAGCUCGAUUAGCUGAUGAUUCUCAUUUGGGAUAUGGAAUGAUACGAAAACCAAAUACCCCAGGACCACAGGUUCCUACAGCAGCUCAAACUCAAGUUUUACAAAAUCAGGUUGGUUUGGAAGAAGUUAAUCACAGCAACUGCAAUGGUACUGAUUAUGCUAUAGUGAGUCGUCCAAAAAGAGUAUAAUGUAUGUUUCCCAAGGAAUAUAAAACAAGACUGAAUGGAAGCAAUAAUGAAAAUUGAAACUUUUUGUCAAGUCAAGAGUCUAAUUGGACGUUGUUAAAUGAAAAGGACCUUAAGGAGUACUUUGGUGUACUAAACAAUUUUUCGAUAAGGUUGUGGGUUGGAUCCUUUUCAUUUAACAACAUCCAAUUUGCUCUCAGGAAAGAAUAUGUUCAUAUACCAUAA